AUUUGAAAAACCCCCUCGACAAGAUGGUUCACCAGACUCGUACGCCCAGCAAGGCCAUCCCGGCCAAGCACCUGAGCCCCAUGCGAAACGUGGACGCUCUGGGCGGAAAGUAUGCCGUUUCCAGCAGUCCGGCGGACAGCUUCCUGCGCCACAACAACAACAACGGCAGCAGCAGCAGGCUCACUGUCCACGGCGGACACCAGGCGGCGACGGCGACGGCGGCGGCGGCGGCCUUCAAGUACAACAACAUGAUCAGCAACAAUCGGGAGCAGUUCAAUGCCCUGCACUUCUGCUGACGGAUGCGGAGAGACCAAUCAUUUGGCCAACAUUUGUUAUAAAUAAAUUUAUACACAAAUUUGCACAAAAAA